CUCCCUCACUUUUGGCCACCGAGCUCCAGCUCCUCAAGGCCACCACAUCGCACUACCUACCGACCUAACUUCCAGUCUUACGUGCUGUAGGGUUGGACGGGUUUGUGGUACGAACCAAGAACCGGGAAGCUAGAGGCUUCGUUCAGUUUAUCGGGCACACCAUCUUUUCUUUAUCAUUUCAAUUGAGAGACCGGUGGGAUAUGUACCACUGGAUACCACUCUGUUGCGGGGGUCAAGCGGGAUAUCAACGGCCUUCUCUUCCAAAUGGGGGGUCAUCAUGAAAAAAAAAGAUUGACAACGUCCCUUCGGGUCCUUCAACUGGUAGCCCAGGAGUGGCGGGUGGGUGACAGCCAAGGACGAAAAGGGUGAAGCCAUAUCGACGAUGGCUUGCUUGGGGUUACAAGAUGCUACUUGCCAAGAUGCAGGAUUGAUGGUGUGCCUCUUCACCCCAUUUGGGAGCACAGUGGAUGAUGGGAUACAAAAACCAUGGUCCGGUCUGCCGUCCUCCCCUCCCCCGUUCUCUGAGAAGAUGUUUCUUUUUCCUCUUCUUCUUCUUCUUCUGUUACACACACCCGUAUUUGAUAGGAACGGUUGUUUACGGUUGGGUUUGCUGUCCCACGAGAGGUUGCCAAGUGCUAUACCUCUUCAACUCUACUUCUCCUCUUCUUCUUAACAACAACAACAACACUCCGAAGAAAUGGCGUAUCAACCAGUUCGCCAUCAGCGCGUAAUAAGCGCAGACAGCCUGACUCCUCUCACAGCGGCCAUAGAGCCUCAAUCAGGGGAUGACAACCAAAACAAUCACCAGUCUAUCCCAUAUGUCAACAUCAACGACAUGCAAGCUGAUGCCGGCUCCGUUCCUCAACAACCAGACCAGAUACACCCGGUUCAACAGCCUCUGUAUGCCGACCAGCAGCAAUUCUAUGACUACCAAUACAACAAUGGCAACUACCAAAGCCCUCCGAUCCAACAAGUGCCCUUCGAAGGCCAAUAUCUCACUCAAGAUGGCUUUUCCCCAAACAAACAACCAGCAACCUUCGCCGUCUCUCCCAUGUCCGCCUCCCCGGCCUCCUGGGAGAAACAACGAAAGCACGCCAACCGACAGUCCGACGUCAGCACUUCCUCCUCCAAGUCCGACAGUAAGCUCUCAGCCAUCUUCUCCAAAAACGGCACCUGGACCUACGAAACCAUCAGCAUGCUGGUCGCCCUAGGCGCCGUCGCCUCCAUCAUUGCCGUCCUAGCCACCUACGACGGCCAACCCCUUCCUUCCUGGCCGCACUGGAUCACUCUCAACGCCGUCAUUGCCAUCCUAGCCACCGUCGCCACAGCUAGCAUGAGUGUCCCGCUAUCAAGCGGGCUGGGACAGCUGAAAUGGAUUCGCUUCAAGCAAGGCCGGGCCCCGCUAAGCGACAUGGAGAUCUACGACGACGCAAGCCGCGGCGCCCUCGGAGCCGUGAACAUGCUCGUCCGCGCGCGGGGCGGAUUCGCGGGUAGUUUUGGUGCCGUGGUUAUGAUCGUUGCGCUGUUUCUCAGCCCUUUUGCUCAGCAGAUUGCUACUUUUCCCACGCGGAUGGUCGAGAACCCGUCCGGGGCAGUCAACUACCGCACCGAAACGUACGGCCUGGCCCUUCACGGUAAGGGAGAGCUCGGCCAGGCUUUUGUUCCUAUCCUGCCCAUCAAGGCGGCUGUGUAUAAAGGUCUCUUCGCCGAGGACGGUAGGCCAUGGAUGGGUUUGCCGUUUCAGUGUUCAACAGGCAACUGCACGUUCCCGCCCAUCGAGACACUGGGCGUCUGCCACAAAUGUGUCGACAUGUCCGAGUACAUGACGCGGUACUGCCCUCCUGGGGUUUCUGAUCAAGACAACUGUGGCUGGCAAUUACCCUCGGGCGCCGCCAAACUCAACUCCUCGGAUCACGUCUUCGGCAUGACCUCUCUUUUUCCCGGCUCUGCCACAGGCGACGCUACUUAUAGCACCAUCAUGAAACUCAUCUUCAUGGGCACCGAAACCAACGCCACCGGCCCUGGCGUCCUCGCCCCCUGGGCAACACAAUGUUCCCUAACCGUCUGCCUCCAAACUCUAACCUCCAACAUCACCAACGGCUUCCUCCACGAAACCCAUCUCGGCGAGCCCAUCACCAACGACACAGUCCCCUCUUUGUCCUCCCUCUCCAGCAGCAUCAACGCCCUCGAGCCUCUAUCCAUCCAAUCCCCCACCAACUCUUCCCUCACUUACUCCAUGUCCAUGCAAUCCAUCUUGGCCAUGCAAUCCUGGUUUUCCCGAUUAUUCGCCAACGGCACCGCCUCCCGUAAUCCCAACUACAUCAACCAGACCAUCUCCAAACUGCCUUCUUUAAACUCCUCCCCCAACGUCGUGGUAAACCUGACAGUCGGCAUCUCCUCAGGCGAAACCUUCUUCGACACCGACAUCGUCCAGGCCUUUUACUGGAACUACUACGAAUACCCCUCCCCUUCGUCCCCGCCCAAGGGUCUAGAAAUGCUCAUGUCCGAUCUCGCCGUCGCUCUCACCUCUACUUUUCGGACCCUGACUGCCGUACCCAUCAACGGCACCUCGCUUAGCUACGAAACGUUUGUUUCUGUAAGGUGGGGCUUCGUGGCGUUGCCUGUCACGGCGGUGAUUCUGGCGGCGGUGUUCUUGGGGUUGGCGGCCUGGGAGACCAAGAGAAGCGGGGCGAGCUUGUGGAAGACGAGCGCGCUGGCCAUGUUGUUCCAUGGCUUGGAUGAAGAUGCGAGGGAGCGGUUUGAGGAUUUGAGGAGUUUGGAGGCCAAGAAGAGGGAGAGUAGGUAUGUGAAGGUUAGGUUGAGUGCGGAGGAGGGGAGUUUGGAUGGGAAGGGGGGCACGUUGAAGAUUGAGAGGGGGGUUGAGUAGGGGUGGGUGUGUUGGUCUGUGGGAUGCUUUUGGGGUUUGAUGAGGGAAUUGAGUUUUAAAUAUCGGGUGCUAAUGGCAUAUAUGAUAUGUGACUUUGAAUACUGCAUCAUGGUGCUAAAAUGUCUACUC